GGGAAAGCAAACACGCUCCUGAAGCUGCAGAGGAAGAGGAGUGAGAUCGAUGUGAGUGAGUGUCUGCAGAGAGCUGUCAGCUGUCAGCACCUGGAGACUCCUUUUCUGCGUCUUCUACCUCUUUUUCUUCCACUUUUUUUUGUAGCUGCGUGUCCUCCCGAGCGCUCACGUUGUCCCUUAUUUUGCCGGGACACUUGUAAAAAAGUCUGCGGGUGUCUCUUGGGCAUGGAGAGGCAUCUGCUCUGAUUGAUACUCGGAUUUUUUCAACUUCACGAUCUUCUCUCUGAAUUAUGGAGAGUUGACGGCUCAAGAGGAACCUGACUAACAGCGGUGUGACGGGAUAAAGACGAUAAAGCUCUCUCUAUAGUUCAGGGCUUUUUCUAUUGACUACAUACUCAUCGUACCGACUGCAGCUAACGGGAAGAGGUGUGAUGGCUGCGUACGGACAGACUCAGUACGGCCCCGCCCUGCAGCCUGCGGGGCCGUACGCACCCUACACUCACCACACACAGGGCUACAGCAUGCCCUCCUACAACAUUAAAACAGAAGAAGGCCUGAGUCACUCUCCAGGUCAGACAGGAAUUCUGGGAUACUCAAACUUCAGCAGCACUCCUCCCGGUCAGAGCCUCUACAGCUACUCACACGGUGGUGGUAUUUCAUCUGGAAUUUUUCAAGGCACCCAUGCAAUCUCGAGUUCAACCCCAUUCAACUCUACACAACAAGAGUUUUCAGCGUACUCAAGCUACAGUCAGAGUCAGUACUCUCCGUAUUAUAACUCUCAUCACUACAACAGCCCCUACAUAACCAGCAGCAACAUCAGCCCCACUGCCAUCACAGCUCCAGUAGCCUAUCAGCAUCCAGAACACCCCGUCAUGCUGCCCAAUCACAGCCCAGAGUCGCACACAGGCGAGUACCACCCGCCGCCAAGCCCCCCCACACCAGGUAAAGAGGAGGGGGUCCCAGCAAGAAGGGGGUCGGAUGGGAAGUUGAGAGGGAGGAAAAGAGCCAGUGACCCUGCCCCACCUCUGGACUCUGACAUUGAGCGCGUGUUUAUCUGGGACCUGGAUGAAACCAUCAUCAUUUUCCAUUCGCUCCUCACGGGAACCUUCUCCUCACGUUUCGGAAAGGACUCCUCAAAGGCGGUGUCUCUCGGUUUGUGGAUGGAGGAGAUGAUCUUCAACCUGGCCGACUCCAGACUCUUCUUCAACGACCUGGAGGAAUGCGACCAGGUUCAUAUUGAUGACGUGGCAUCGGAUGACAACGGACAGGACCUGAGCACUUACAACUUUGGGUCGGACGGCUUCCAGAGCCCAGCGGGGGCCGGCUCUCUGUGCCUGGGGUCGGGGGUUCACGGAGGAGUGGACUGGAUGAGGAAACUGGCUUUUAGAUACCGCAGAGUCAAGGAGAUGUACAACACAUACAAUAAUAAUGUUGGGGGUUUGAUGGGCAGCCCCAAGCGAGAGGAGUGGUUACAGCUGAGGAGAGAGAUGGAGGUGCUGACCGACCUGUGGCUGACUCAAGCUCUCAAAGCUCUGGCUCUCAUCAACUCCAGGCCUAACUGUGUGAAUGUGUUGGUGACUACCACCCAGCUCAUCCCAGCGCUCUCCAAGGUGUUACUGUACGGUCUGGGCUCUGCUUUCCCCAUAGAGAACAUAUACAGUGCCACAAAGACAGGCAAAGAGAGCUGUUUUGAGCGUGUCUCUCAGAGGUUCGGUCGGAGAGCGGUGUAUGUGGUGAUAGGAGAUGGAGCGGAAGAAGAGUCCGUAGCCAAGAAGAAGAACAUGCCGUUCUGGAGGGUUUCCUGUCGGGCCGAUCUGGAGGCUCUGAGCCAUGCACUGGAGCUGGACUACCUCUAGAGGGUGCAGCCGUCACUCUCCGCUCCUCCACCAGAACCAUGAGAAGCUCCUGACCUCCUGAGAGCAGCUAGUGGACGAAUCCGCCCCUGAGAGACUGAUUCAGAGUCAGUGUUGCUUUUUCAACACGCAGGAGGACAAACUCACUUUAAAGCCAAAGGAACUGUGAGGAUUUGGAGCUGCAGUUUAUCUAUGAGACAUCAACAUGAGGCCAAAAGCGCUGGACCGAAUAAAAGACCAAAGACAAAUAAGGGACCAAAGCUUCAUAACUAGCCCCAGGGAACUAUGGGUAAUACUGCAAAUACUUUUUAAUAACGUUGUUUUUCUUCUUUUAAAUUUGCUUCAUCUCAACUUUAUGAAAGGUGUCCCACUUUUGUCCACACUAUGAAAGUGAUGCACUGAAUGCAAAACUGUACAUCCUGUUUAUUGAACUUGUUGGAUUGGAUUUGUUGUGCCUUUUUUUAUUUGUUGUGAGACCAAACCUGUUUUCCACUGACCAAUACUGUUACAGAAGAAAUUAGAAACAAGACUUAACCCUCCUGUUAUCCUCAGAUUGACUUUACACCCUUUAUCCUCUGGGGUCAAUUUGACCCCAGUAGUUUACAACUCAAGACAAUGAUCAUAUUCAACAUUUUAACCAACAUGUAUGUCUCUGGUGCUUUAGGUGUCUUAGUUGACUACCUAAAUAACCAUUUAAAUAAAACAUUACCCCAACCUUCCCCCUACAGACCCCUUUAUACAUCCAGAAUUCCUAUUAUGUGACUAUCGAAAAAUAUAUAAAUCACCAUCAAAUCUCACUGACUGAAAUAAAAUGUUAAAGUAAGAUCUUUUUGAUGUUGUUAAAGGACCAAUAACUAAAGCAGAGGGCCGGGUUUUUUUGCAUGUAAUAGUCACCUCAAUAUCAUCCUACACAAUCAACACAAAUAUGUGUAAAAUAUUGACAUUUUUACAUGUUUUAUACUACUAAAACAGCCUGGGGUCAAAUUGACCCCAAGGAACACUGAUGCGUACAAAGUGCGUACAGGACAUUUAAAAAAGAUCUUCAUGUUCAUUUGAUGUUUACCCACUAGUCCUCACUAAUUAGGAAAAGUCAUGAAAUACUAAGCAAAGAAAUAAUGUGAAUCAUUUGUUUAGAUACGUCAAACAUUGGUUUAACAGGAUAACAGGAGGGUUAAAGGUAUAUUAUAACAUGGGAUAGAUUUUUCCUUCACUAUUAUUUUAGAAUUGUUUAAAUUUCAUAUUUUGUCUAGAUAAAAGACAAAUAAUAUUCUCUUCAUAGGUAGAGGCUAUUGAAAAUAGUUUGAUUUGUAUUUUACCAUUAAUAUGUGAGCUAUUUAUUAUUUGUUAAAUUCACAAUGAGGUAUACACAGUUUGGGAGCUUGGCAUAAAAACAUCCCCUUCAAAGACCAAAAAUGUGCUUAUGUAAAAAAUGUUUGUCUUGCAGACGCUGUAUUAUAGGCCGGUGCUUGAAUCCUUGCUUUUGAUUCUGGGUUGUAUAUGUUGUCAUGUUUUAACUCUCCUUUCCUGUCUUUGUUUCAUUUCCUAAUAACCUGUUUGUAAUAUAGAUGAACUGGUGCAUGUGCCGAUUACACUGCCUGUCAGUUUAGCCAUGAUUUGUAUAUAAUGCUUUAUUGUCGAUUUUGUUUUGACAGACAGUUAAAUAGAUGAAUACAAAUAAAUUAAUUUCAUUCUUGGGAAAA